GUAUGCGCCGGUGCGCGUGCAUGUGAGAGAGGCAGGGUUGGGGCAGAGUUUCGGAGCACGUUCAGUUGACAGGCGUCGCCGUUGCUACUCGAUUCCGAUCACAACACAAGCGAAGACACGGAGCUGUCGCGAGAUACUCGCCUUUAACUGGAUUAAGCCGAGAAAAGCCGUUUUGGACGGACCGAGCUGAAAGCGGAUGAGCGCAGCCCGCGGGAGGGCAACUGUGUUUCUGCGGCGGGGUCCAGUUAGCGAAAGAUGAACAAAAACCACCGAGUGCCGAGCAACCGAACUCUGAACGCCGUGGAGGUGAAGAGCAAGUUUGGAGCAGAAUUCAGGCGGUUCUCUUUGGACCGAUCCAAGCCGGGACGCUUUGAUGAGUUCUAUGGCUUACUACAGCACGUGCAUCGGAUUCCUAAUGUGGACCUGCUUGUGGGUUACGCCGAUGUUCACGGGGACCUGCUGCCAAUCAACAAUGAUGACAACUAUCAUAAAGCAAUCUCCAUGGCGACGCCCCUGCUCCGCCUCUUUUUACAGCGAAAAGAGGAGGCCGAUUACUCCGCGUUCGGCACAGACACUGUGACCCGUAAGAAGACCCCGGCGGCCCUCGCAGCAGUCCUCCUUCGGCCGGACACCAACAAGAAGAAGCCUCCGAUCAUCAUCAGCCUGCCCAAAGACUUCCGCCCAGUGUCCUCCAUCAUCGACGUGGACAUCCUUCCAGAGACUCACCGCCGCGUCCGUCUCUAUAAACAUGGCCAGGAGAAACCUCUGGGCUUCUACAUCCGGGAUGGAUCCAGCGUUCGCGUUACACCCCACGGCCUGGAGAAGGUCCCGGGCAUUUUCAUCUCCCGCAUGGUCCCCGGAGGCCUGGCGGAGAGCACUGGACUGCUGGCCGUCAAUGACGAGGUGCUCGAAGUCAACGGCAUUGAGGUAAGCGGAAAGUCGUUGGACCAGGUAACGGACAUGAUGAUCGCUAACAGCCACAACCUCAUUAUAACCGUCAAACCGGCCAAUCAGCGCAAUAACAUAGUACGAAGCAGCGGUGGCGGGGCCACAUCCGGCAGCUCAGGACGAUCUUCAGACAGCAGCACCAGCUUCCAUGGUUACUCCAUGCCAGGCUCCACGUCCAUGACUCCUUCUCAUAUUAUACAGAACUAUGAGCCAGAUGAAGAGAGUGAGGAUGAGGAGGAUCUGGUGAUCGAGGCGGACAGAGGGGCCAAACUCAUCCCACCAGCAAAGGUACGAGCAACCGCCAGCUCCAGCAUGCCUGUUCUGCCCAGAUACGAGCCUCACCUCGACCUCCGGCCCUCAAACGGUACAAUGGCAACCAGCACAAGUGUGGGGUCUCUGAACGCCCACGAAAGGCGGAAUCUAGAAGAGGACGGCACAGUCAUUACACUGUAAUAACCGCUCACACAUGCCAAUACAGACUCUUGUGUGCCAUAGGACUAAAAUGCAUGUCUUUAUUUUUAGGUGACCAAAGCGGUCACCACAGCACCUUACAGCACUUCUCUAUAACCACAGGACCAGGCAGUCACCAAAAAUAGCUGCUUCUUGAGUAAUAAUGAACUUCCUGAGUCCGUGUGAAUUGAAGGAACGCAGAGACUCGGCAGUAUAUGAGUCAUGACAAUCUUUUUUCUCCUUUUUUUUACUUUACAACCACUCCCUUCUGCCGUUAUGAUGGAGAACAAAGUACAAUGGGCUUCAGAAGAGAGCGCUCUUCAUUCAUUCCUGUCCGCAACACUAACACUCUCGGCUUACCGAUUCUUCUAGGUUGUCAAGGGAAUCGCGAACAAUUGUGAGGCUCGAGUCAAGGUUUUCGCUUGAUCAGUAGACUGCUGCCUCGGUUAAGAUGUCUAUUAUUAUUUCAAGAUUUUUAAUCAUAGCCAAAAAGACAGAUGAUUAAUGUUGUAUUUUUUCAUACUGCUAUAUUUGAUUUGUAGGAGUUAUUAUGUUUUUUAUUUUUUAAUGACAAGGGCUAUCAUCCUGCUCUCUGCUAUCUGUGGUUUAUUUUACCCAUUGAGCGCUACUUGAUAACCCUGUCUGGGGCUUGGGAGCACAUCAUCACGUUUCAGAGAAGAGCACUCAGAAGUGAACACUAGGCUAUUUCAUGUAUGAAGAGUGUCUCUGUCAUGACGCUUUAUAGUAAGGUUCAGUUUGUUUACGUAUGUUAAAGAGACGAUGAGAAUGAAAUUGCGGGAAUAUUUACUUACUACCUUGUUGUUCCAAACCUGUUUGACUUUCUUGCUUCUGUGGAACAGAAAUGUUAUGGUGUUGUCAAAAGCCAGAAUAUCUUUACACAGUAACUGUGUACUAAAAAAGUCUAAAUGGUUCCUGUUCAUGUAAAAUUGAGAAAGCGACUAAAUAUGCUGUAAACAGACCAGACCAGUAGGUGGCGAUGUAUUUUUGUAACAAAAAACUACUCCUGUGCACAAGUAGUCUGCGAUUUUUGUAUUGGUUGUCUAGUACACACGCAUGCCUGUAGACUGAACAAAUCCGAUAUGGAACAGUUGGCUAAUACGAUAUCACAAUAUAAGUCAUCUCAUAUCCUGAGACCAAUAUUACUAUAUAAUAUCGAAUUCCUCCAAUUAAUAGUUUAUCUAUGUUGACCACAUGUAAAGAUUUUUUUUUAUAGUUUAAAGUAUAUACUCAAAGUUUAAAUGUCAUUUAAAUGUGAUCAUAUUUCUCACUUUAUUUAGAACUUUAGAGCAAAUGUAGAAAUAUUAAAUAAAUAUUCUUUAAAAAGUAUAAAACAAUUUUCAAAAAUAAACGAUUACAGGCCCAACAUAAAAAUAAAAUCUAAAUAAAAUGCCAAAUAUAAACAUUGUACUUUCAAGAUUGCAUCUUUCGCAUGAUGCUGUUAUACAUUUUUCUCUCUGCAUCUCCAUAAUGGGGUGUGAUAUUGCGCUUUAUAAAAUAUGAAAACGUAUUACCAUAAACAAUGUGUUUUGUGACAUCACAAAAAAAUCCAUAUGCAUAAUAUGACAUGACAGACUACACUCACCGGCCACUUUAUUAGGUACACAGUUACUACUUUUGCCAUCAGAAUUGCCUUAAAGCUUUGUGGCAUAGAUUCAACAAGGUACUGGAAAUAUUUCUGAGAGAUUUUGCUCCAUAUUGACAUGAUAGCAUCACACAGUUGCUGCAGAUUUGUCGGCUGCACAUCCAUGAUGCGAAUCUACCGUUCCAACCUUGGAUUGAGAUCUGGUGACUGUGGAGGCCAUUUGAGUACAGUGAACUCAUUGUCAUGUAAAAGAAACCAGUCUGCGAUGAUUCACGCUUUAUGACAUGGCACGCUAUCCUGCUGGAAGUAGCCAUCAGAAGAUCCCAGUAGAUCAGCAGUUUCUGAAAUACUCAGACCAGCUCGUCUGGCACCAACAACCAUGUCACAUUCAAAGUCACUAAAAUCACCUGUCUUUCCCAUUCUGAUGCUCGGUUUGAACUUCAGCAAAUCGUCUUGACCAUGGCUGUUUCUCAAUUCCAAGAAUGCAGAGAACGGACUUGCGUUCUUGUAGAGACCGCUCUUGCCAGGUGUCCUCAGAAGAACGAACUCUGGAGACCGCGAGAACAGAGAACGCAUCCUGUAAGAAAUGAGAUGCUGCGUUCUUCCUGAUGGUCACAUGACCUUCACACGUUUUUAAUGGAAAUUUAUUUAAACAUUACAGCAUUCAUACAACCAUUUAUUGUUUUUCCCCUUUUCAAAAUAUAUACUAUGCAUAAAAACAUUAUAAAUAUACAUUGCACAGUAUAAAUAAAACAGAUUUUAAUAUGAAUUUCAGCAAACAAACACCCCUAAUGUGUUUAUUCCUUUAUUAAGAUGUUCAUGAUAAUGUUUACUCUCUGGUUCAUUUAGGGAAACUCCUGAAAUAAAUAAGCUUUGAACUUUAUUAAUAAAUCUAAAUAAAAUGCUGCGCUUCCCACCUCCAGCCACAAUGACUUCUGCGACUAAUAGAGCGAGUUCGGUGCUCAAGUCUGCAUCGGUGCGUCCUCGAAAUCAAGAACACAUCCGGGAAGUUUCAUGCGUCCUGUUCUUGCGGUCUUGAGUAUUGGAACUGAACUUACACGAUGACGUUACACAAGAACACGAGGACGCAAGACCGCUGAAGAACGCAUAUUGAGAAACAGCCCAUGUAUACAUGCCUAAAUGCAUUGAGUUGCUGCCAUGUGAUUGGCUGAUUAGAAAUUUGCAGUAACGAGCAGUUGGACAGGUGUACCUAAUAAAUUGGCCAGUGAGCGUAUAUAUCAUCAUAUUGCACAGCCCUAAUGAUAACCCAGUUUUUGAUAUCCAGAAACUGAUAGAUAGGCUGAUAAACACAAAUGACUUUAUUUUUAUCAGGAUAACAACUUUAAAAAAAAGAAAGAAAAUAUUUUUUUAGGCCAACUAUUCAUUUAAUUCAUUAGACAUCAUAAACAAACCAUAAAAAUAUAUGAAUUAUAUUUUGUUAAAGCUAAUUUCUACAUAAACACUUGACAUUAGGUUCCAUAUCAUAACCAAUAACUUAUAAAUGAACAUUAACCUGGAUUAAAAAAAUAAAUUAAAUAUAGCUGUUAAUUUAUGAUUCUUCAUGCAUAAGGUAUAAAUGAAUAAUUAAUAAACUGAACCUUAUUUUAAAGUGUUGCCUGUUUAACAAGAAGCAUUGCAAACAAAUCAUGGCGAAAACAACGCUUGAUUCAUAGUAAUUGUUGAAUCCCAAUGAAUAUUGAAUAUCUGCCAAAGUAUUCAAUAUCUUUCCCUCUUACAUCAGCAGCAGCAUACCAGCCAAACCCUUCAGAAGUUAUGUAACAAUGGGCUUCGUUUCAGCAUUACUAGGAGGGAAGGCAUGAUUUGGCCUUUGUAGAUUUCGCUUUCAUCUUUUCCUUUUUUUUCAAUUUUGAAUUUCAACUGGCUGAAAUGUCAGCGUCAACACCUUCUGUUCAGUCUGGGAUAAAAGUGAAUGUCAUCCAGCUUCCAUACCCUUUACUCUCUGUAUAAAGUAUAGUGGGACCUUCAUGAGUGAUUUCACGAUGAACAAAUGUAACAUUCAAAGCAUUCCAUAUGACCGUAGAGGUGCAUUUCUCCCCCUUUUUUACGUACAUACAUAUCAUAAUGAUGUUCAUGAUGUCACAGCUUCAAUUUGAACUCUUUAAGAUCAGCGUCAGCAGAUGCACUGGCUGAGAUGGACAGGAGACAGACGUGCCUACGCUCUUACAGUUCUGUCGGAGAUUUAGCCGAAGUAGCCUUUCAGUGUCUCCCCUUUAUAAAUGCUGAAGAGACGUCGUCUACCCAUCACACAGAGCUUUUCAUGGCACUUACUUUACCAAAACAUGCUCAGAGUUGUAGCACACACACACUGUAGCUGUGAUCACACAAGCUUCGUCGUUCAUUCUUACGGUACAAACGACAUGUUGAAUGGAGUCUUUAGCUGUGUUAAUUUAUUUUUAUAUUAACCACUACAUACGAUUUGGGAUUGUAACCACAGAGUUGUAUUUAUUUUAAAGAUAGACUUGUGUAUUUUUACUCGUUUUUGUUUUUAGAUGACAUAAAAAACCUCAAGAUUGUUUUUUUAUUAUUAUUAUUUUAGAUCAUCUCUACGAAAUGGUGUUUUAAAUUUCCUUUCCACUAGCUUCUUCGGUGGAACUUAAUGCUCGGACCUUUAGGAAUGAUAAUGAAUUACCUGCUUUUUUCCAAACUGUGAAUAUCUCUGCAUUUCUGAAAGUGUAGAAAUGGGCUUUUGAGCAUUAUCAUUCAUGUGUCAAUUUCUCUUUUUGAUAAUGAGCUUGCCAGAUAAAUCCUAAGGUAUAGAUUUGUACUGAAAUUGUCAGUAUUUUCUUAUUAGUGCUACGUGAUGUAAAUUUGUUUCACAUAAUGAAACUUGUAAAAGGAUAAAUACUAUAUUAAGGCAUAGAUGCACAUGUAUUAUAGUCAAAUCUUGGAUGAAAUAAACUAAUAUGUAGAAAACCGAUGUUGUUGUUUUCCUUGGUGAUUUUGGUGCUGGAGGACAGAAGGAGGACUGUGUCCUUAAAAAUAUCACAAUCAAAGUGUGUACGUUCAACAGGCCAAAGGCUGAAUGGGGGUCAUUAUGUUUUCGUUGUAAUCUAAUACUGAAAAAAGCUACUCGUACAAAGAUGUUUUACAUAUACACUCAAAAAAUCAAUUGUGCUGCUUGUUCAAACUACUUAUUUAAAAUCAA